UUCUCCUGCACCCUCCACCCUUCCGCCUUGGCAGUCUCGUCUUCAACACUCCAAAUCGCAUUGUGGAGGGUGCUGAGGUGUAUCUUCAGUGCGAGUACUUUAUGGGACCACGGCCCUUCUGUGGCUUCACAGUGCUUAUCUCCUUUGUGGAGGAGAGUAAGCUGAGCAGGGCACAAGUUGAGGUGGCCGCCUCAACUCAAUUCCUAGUCCCUGAUGGCCUUCGGGAUGCUCACAAGAGAUUCGGCGAAGUUGUGAAUAAAACAACUUGUGACCUAGCUAUGAAGAGACUCGAGAGUGUACUUGUAACAAUGGCGUUUACGAUGUCGCGGAGACGUGCAGGUUCGUAUAUCUGCCAGCUGGUUCCUUUGAAUGAGACCUCGGUUGAAGUGCGGACUCUGACAAAGUGGAUGCGGCUAGAGCUUCGCCGUGGCAAAGUCAGUAAGUCUUGA